CCGCCGCCCGCCCCGCCGGCAGGACAAAAUGGCGGCGGGCGCCGCUCGCUGAGCGCCUCGGCGCGGGAGGGGCCCGCGCGCGCUCCGCCCCCGCGCCCGCCGCAGCGCCGCUCCCUGCAGGGCUGAGGGGGAGGCGGCCGCUCCCUCACAUCCCUCCCGCCCUCUCCCUCCUUCCCGCAGGCCGCCCCGAUCCCCCUCAGAAAAUGAUGCACCCUGUUGCCAGCAGUAAUGCAGCCUUCUGUGGAACCGGCAAGAGCUCCUGCCUUAAUGAAGACAAUGUGAGAGCUGCCGAUCAGUUUGACUUGUAUGCUACGCAGCAGAGCAAAUACAGCCACGCAGUCGGCCACAAACCGAUUGCUUGCCAGAGACAAGACGCAUUGAAUGAAUCGCACUUGCAGACCACAAGUGGCAGGAAUAUAGAGACAAAAGACGAACUAAAGAAAAAGAAAAACCUCAACCGAUCUGGUAAACGUGGAAGGCCCUCAGGGACCACAAAAUCAGCAGGGUACCGAACCAGCACCGGCCGACCCCUGGGGACCACCAAAGCAGCUGGAUUUAAGACAAGUCCAGGCAGACCCUUGGGUACAACUAAAGCCGCAGGAUACAAAGUCAGCCCAGGCAGACCUCCAGGUAGCAUUAAAGCUCUAUCACGACUUGCAAAUCUAAGUUAUACUUGUGGCAGUGCAGCUUUUCCCUAUCCUAUGGUGCAUAACAGAGGAGUACAUGCUGCUGGUGAAACCAGUAGCAAUAUGAAACAGCCUAAUGAAUGAGAGGAGGAAAUCAGAAACUCCUUGCUAAUCUGCUUUACUCUGAAUUUUGGCAUGUUUCUUGUGUUUUGCUGUAGUGUUUGCCCAAAUCUGAGUUUCUAAAUUUUAUUUUUAUGCAAAUAAUGCCAUAGCCUACGGGUACAGUUCAGUAACUUAAAGCAGUGUUGAGAAGGCACUGGUUUAAAGGGGGUUUUGUUGACUUUAAAUCAUAAUUUAUAAGAAAGUCUGAAGUGAUGCAUAUGCCUUGGUGUCAAUAUUUAAGUAAUGUGUGUCUCCCUAGUUUUAUGUUCAGUUUCUGGCAAAUCUAGUUGUGUGGUUACGCAUUGAAUAAUUGAAAUAAGGAGGAGAGAAUUACUUGGCUGUUGGUUCAUGAUGCAGCCUAUCCUGCAAUAAGGAACUUAGCCAGGCAAGUGAUUACAUGAUAAGAAAAACUGGUAACGAAAGCAGCAAGCUGUGUUUUCCAGCCUGCAGGAGCUUCUACAGACCUCACAUAGAUACUUAGACAAAAAAACAGACUUUGCUGAAUUCAGGUGACUUUUGUUUCUGGAGUUGUAGCAUUAAGUCAGUUUCAACUCAUGCUCCAAACUUAUUUUUUAAAAGAAAACCGAGUAUUUGUGCAGUGUGUUGCAGCUCCGCAGCGCCUUAUUAAUACAAGCUUAUUUGCCUUUGGGUGAUAGCUGUUCUUGCAGUUACGCUGUAACAGGGCUGUGCUGUGUAAUUUUGAAAUGCCUGAUAGCCCAAAUACCAAACCAGAGAGGAUUCUUUGCAAUUUGAAAUAUUUUAUAAGAAAUUAAGUACUGUUCAUUUGAGUUACGCACUUGGUGAAUAUUAAACAGUAUGUUCAUAAAUCUGUAAAUAGCUGUUUACACUGGGUUUUGCCUUCAAAAUCCGUGCUUAGGUGGUGACAGUUUAAUAGCUUUUAAAGUAUUAAUCUAUAAUGUUUACAAAUUAAACUUUUUAAACAGACACUGUUGCCAAGUUUUCAGACUUAGUUUUGCCAGAUAUUCCUGGAAAUACAGUUAUUUCGUUGUUUGACACUUAUGCUAUAUUUAAGUUAUGGAAGCUUAUAUAUCUACCAAAGGACACCAUUUUCACGAUUUAUAAAAGCAAACUGUAUAGCUGAUGCAAACAGGAUGCAGUUUACUGCACUGCCAGACCCCAGAUAUAAAGUAAUUUAUCUAUGCAUGCAAGCUGAGGGAAAACGUUGUUGGUUAACUAUAAAUACCUUUCUUGACUCAAACUAAAACCUUCCCUCCUUCCAAAAGAAAUGUUCCAUUUUUCAGCUGGAUAUGUUUCUUUUUUUUAAGCAUGAGAGAGUGUGUGAGUGUGUGUGUAAAACACUUUAAUCUAGGCUUAAAAAAACCACAGCCCUCAAUGUUGUGUGUUGUCUGUUCUGAAUUUAUUUUACUGGAAUUAAAGCUCUUUUCUUUCCCCCCUUCCCCUCCCCCCCACAAUCUGGAAGAAAGUUUAUCUUUAAGUUUUCAUGUAUGAUAUGACACAAUGAUAAAUUUGUAGCUUCGGAUAUCUAGGAGGAGGAAGAAUAAAUAGAGUUGUGGAUUUGGGGGAGCAGAAAAAAGUGGGUUAAUUGAGCCUGUGCUGAUUGAGUAACGAUGCUGAUGAUUAUUGUUAACAUAAGCGCUAUUCUGGCCUGCUGUCAUUGUGCUGAGAGCUCUUGAUUUCAGUGAUGACAACUUAAGAAACAGAUGUUUCGUACCUUUUUUAUCAGGAAAAAAGCAGCAAGCCUUCAGGUGUUCCAGUGAUGCCUAACACCUAUCGAGUGGGACUUUGUGCUGUGCUUUACGAUAGGUGUGUUGAAUUGGUUUUGGGGAACUGUGUGUGCACUGGCAACUGAGACAAUGAACCUCAACUGUACUGGAUGGCUCCUUAGGCAGUAGAUGAACUAACGGCAGCUAAACUGCUACUAAAUUUUAUAGUUUCUCCAUGCGGAAGCUAUGAAAUCCAGUUACAUGUUCUGUUCCUCAACAAAUGCGUCGAUCUGACAGUUAGCAAUCUUUCUCAGAACGAUGUAACUUCUGACACGUGCAAAAUGCUGACGUGAGUUAAUUCACCCUCAGGAUCUGUGCUGUAUUGGCUGUUUUUAAUCAGAUGAUUUUUCAACUAAAUACUGCUUUGAGCUCUUUCCUGAACUCAGCUGGGGAAGCAGUCCGAAUGUAAGAACUGCAGGAGUGUCCCACCUCGCUGACCAGGAACGCAUUGCAUGUCACCACUGUACCCUGGAGAAGCUCCAGCUCUUACCUCCUCCUGUUAUGCCAUUUGCUCCCAUCCGUUUCUCACCUGUGCGUCCCCUCGAUUGUGCUGUGUUGGGAGGCAGCGCAGAUGGAUCGCUGUUCUGCGAGUGUAAUGGACUUUGUGUUUGAGUACGCUGAUGAAAUCAUUGAAGCAAUUUCUGUUCAUUACAGUGUUUAUUAAUUACAUCAGGUGGAAUAUAACCCUGGUAAAACCCCUUAAUGUUGUCAAUUGUAAAUGAGCAUAAAGUAGGAGAGCGUUGAGGACGUGUGGAGCUCUAGGUGCAGCAUGUUCUGCUUCACAUUAUAUCUGAUGGGAGUUGACUGGUGCUGUGCAGUGAGGGGAAGACUAGAGGAGUUCAGAGAUUCCAGGUGAACUAAAAAUGGAAUUUUCAAGUCCUUCUGCUUUUCCUCUAUAUAAUCUGCCAAAUGCAUUGUGCUCUUUUCAACACUUUUCUUUCUGUGAUAAACACUGAAACAGCAUGUUAAUGCCUAAACGUUCUUAGUACCAAUGGGAAAACUGGCCUUUUCCCUCCCGUAGUAGGAAACCAUUACUUGUAAGGUAAAUUGCUUACUUUAUAUUACAUAUCAUAAUUCAGCUAUUCACAAGCUAGGAUUACUGUUGUGUGUUCGCACUGAUCAGAAGAUCGACAUGUUAAGUUUGAGUUUUAAUAAUUUCUUUUAAUUAUCAAGUUUCUAACAUCUUAUUUAUACAUAAAUGAAAUGUAUUAGCUUGCUAUUAUUCCUUAAUGAUGCUAUACAAGUUCACUGUUCAAUAUACGUAUAGUAACUACUAUUGCGUUUCAGAUUAAAUUUACUUAAACUUUAAAACCAAAUAAUUUUGCUACUAUAAAGUCUUGCACUGGACGUAUUCAAGAUGCUAGCACCAUAUUUGGGCAGGAGAAAAUGAGAUACCAUCGGAAGUGGCUAACUUCGAUAUCAAAAAUAGUAUUUUUAAAAUCAGCAGUUAGCUUUUUCAUUAGAGCAAUGUUCUUUGUAUCUCAGAUUAACGUAAUCAAAAUAGUGAUGUAUCAAGAGCCAUUGAAGAUCUCUGUUCUGAAAGAAUCUAUUUUCACUUUGUCUGAAAGGUCGUAAGAGUUUGGUCAGGACAAAACCAGGCCUUGUCAGUGAAGUGCUGUGUCUGUGACAAGAAUUCCAUGGAACUACAAUACACAGAGUAGUUCAGAUGAGAAUUCAACUCCUUCCCCCAUUUUUGAAGAGCUUUAAAAGGCAGAGCAAUGUGAAGUCGUUUGUCGGAUGGUUUCACGAGCUGUAGCUCUGCUGUUCUGUGAUUAUGUAUAUUAAUGUUUCACGCUAUCCUUAGAGUUGACAGUUAAAAACCAGUGAUAACAAUCAUAAACACUUGGAACUGCAGACUUCAUUUCUGACCACAAAAGAAGUUUAUUCUUCUCUAUUUUAAUGCAUAUAUUUUAACACUGCUUAAAUAUAUUUAUGACUCUAGUAGAGACUAGACCUUUCUCCUUGUGGCUUCCCCCCCCCCCCCAAAAUAGAUAAAUCUGUAUUCUGAAAUUUGAACCACUUUCUGAUACUUUAAUCUCCCACCAUUUGCUUUCCCACAGGUUACUUUGGUCAAAGCAGUACUAUCUGUUAACUAACUAGUAUCAGCACCCCGUCCUCUGCUGUAAAAAGCCUGAUUAGAUACUGUGUAUGUUUUUAUGUCCAUGAACUUGAGCUACUCGUGUGCAAUUAUGUGUAUGGGAAUGGAGUAGUGUUCAUGAUCUGUAUUUACAUCAUCAUAUGGAUGUAUAUUUAUUAAUAAAGUUAAUACUUUAAAAUCUAACACUUUUUUCCUCUGGGCUUUAAUACAGUUUAAGUUCUGGAUGAGGGUUCCUGUGGGGACAGCGUGAUCAGAGCCAUAGCCUCAGCCCUUCCCUCUUGGAAAUGGUCUUUGUUUUCUGAUGUGUCAGUGGCUGGAGCUGACACUGAGGUGUUUUAGUACAGCUUGUACAGACUGCAUGGGGAGAUCCAGGGGGGCUCGUGUUUGUCCCUUACCUUCCCUGAAGUGUAACUGAAUCCCACUGAGUGUACUUGUGCCUGUGUGCACUCCAGAAUACACACAGGAUUUGUGAGAGCUGGGAGGCUAUGGCAUUGUGUGGGUUUUAAAUGGAAUAAAUAAGCCCAGCUGUAAGGUAUACUUUGCUCUCUGAAUUCAAGUGAGAGAUGUGUAUUGCUUGUCGUAGGCAGAAAGCCUGGAUGAAUUGCAAGGUAUCAGAAAAUAGAGCAAUGUUGCUUCUUUUUAAUGAAUUGAAAAUGCUGCUACAGUAACUUAAUUAUUCUUAUCCUUUCACUCAAAUAGGAGAAGAGGUGGAGGAAAGGACUUACAGCAUCGUAUGUAUAUA